UUUACGUUAUUAAAUAAUAUAAUAAUUAAAUAUAAUAUUAAUAACGAAGAUCUAUAUAACUUUAACGAGAUUAACUUUAUAAUAAGCGUUAUUACUGAGUUAAUAAUCGUUACGUAUAUUAAUAAAUAUAAAAAAACAAAAUUCGUUGAAUUUAAUAACCGUAAAUAA